AUGCCUCCACUGACGAGGUCAAGGAAAGCUCCUGCGGUGGCAGACAAGCCUUUGGCCAAACCCAACCCAUCAAAGACAGCUUCCACAAUUCCAGCUAAGCGAGGAUCGGACAAUACAAGCACCAAGGACGGCGAGACUGCUUCGUUGGUAUUACCAAAAGCCAAACGCGUUGCAUUUUCUGAUAAAACCAAUCUUCCAGGCAAGGCACAAGCAAAAAGUACGAAGUCUGCCUCUAAACCUCCGAAAUCAAACACUGCACAAAAUGGCGACACUACUGGAAAAGCCCCCCAAUGGGCAUGGGACGUUCACGGGAGAUGGGAGCUAAGAGCGGACAGUCCAGCAGACUAUUCCAGACUGCAUCGAGAGUUCGAUGUCUCCGAUGAAGGAAAAGGCCCAAUGUACCUGACAAUCAGAUCGUCUUCAACGAAGGGAGAGAAACGCCAGAUGUGGGCUGAAGUUGAAUUCGGUGCAUUGCAGGGGGUUAUUCGUUUCUGUCCUGUUCCUAAGGAUCAAAAUGCAUGGCCAGAGAAUGUCACAGAGUUUGAGAAAGCAUGCGAUUCUGAAGGUUGUUGGCCAGGACCAGACCCAAUCGGCCAAACGCAUUGGCUUACGAGAGGAAGAAGUCUUGACGUCCGAACUAAUCACACUCAUAACGCCGAUCAAUUCCAAACUGAAUGUACUUUUAAACAAGACGAAGACGGGCGGCUCAACCUCGCAAGCUUCUUCUUUCUUGAAUCAGGGCCGUUACAUUUCUAUGGAUUCAAGCUUGAUGGAGAGGUUCCCCCGUUUCAGGAUCACCGAGAUCUUUUUGAUCGUUGGGAUUACUACGAAUACAGCAAUGAUAUCAGAAUGCGCCCGUACUAUUCAAGGGACGGACCGUGGGAUAUUACUGGGGAUUGGUAUGUCUGGUCGCGUGAUUUGGCCGCAUUUUUUGGCUGCCCGAACUUUACGGGAAAAUGGGCAUGAAAAUCCAGCUCACAGACGACAUAAAAGACAACAAGGCAGGAAAGCAACUAUGGGCAAUCUCCAAAUUUGGAUCUUUCCAGGGGAUUAUUCGUUUUUGUGACUGGGACGGUUCCGCAAGGCGAUCUUUUGAAGAGAAGUGCUUCUUGGCCGAGGACGUCCAAGUUGCACGGGAACCGAAUGGCAUUCCCAGAUGGUCGACGAGGUGGAGGGCAACUAGUGUUGAUACAGGCGCCAAAGAAGGUCCCAGUGAUACAGACUUCGGCAGUUUUACGUUCUGCCGUUCUUACGAUAGGGAUCUCCAAGUCCAGGGUCACUUCACACGUGGGGAUAACAAGACAACGCUAAAUUUCCAUGCCUACCGAGACAGACAUACUCACUUAUCUGGAAUAGAUUAUGCAGAUGUGGUAAUUCCGCAAGCAAGCGGUACCAGCGUCCACGAAAUGUGGGCUUGCCAUGGAGAUGUACAACUGGGUGAAACUAGGGGUCAGGGGAGCAGAGUAGAGUCCCAAGGAAGCGUGGCUUCUGAUAGUAUUCCUCCUGAAGAUAGGAGAUUGGUUGAGUCUGCUUGUGUUGUCCUAACAACAUUGAUGUUAGCCAGGGUUCAAUACCAGUUCAACGCCUGGAUUCUUCUAUGCCAAGAUUGGAAGCCCACGCUCAACCGAUACUAAAGGCUCCAGAGGUCUUUUGGGAUGUUGAAGGCCAAUACACCCUAAAGAGCGCUUCACACCAUAAAGUUGACACUACGAACUUUCAUUUAAAAAUGUACUAUUACCGUCACUGUUCACCUUGCCAGCUCUAUGGCGAAUUCGAUUUUGGCGACUUGAAAGGCAUCAUGCGGCAUUGCCCCCUCACUGCCAAGGAAGAUAGCACAAACUGCACAGCUUCAGAGUUUAGCAAGUUCUGUGACCUUGAUACAGGAGUCAAACCUGGUUUAAGGAACUCAACUUGGGUUACGAAUUGGCGUGGCAUAGAUGGGGGGAUGAGACAGAAUCGGAAGCUGGGAGGCACACCCGCUGAACGGAAGAAAACUGAGCUUUAUUUCGUACAUGACCCUGUCUCCUCGACACUCGACUUCACGGUUAUUGAUAUCGAAUUUUGCAUGAUCUAUAGUGGAGAAGAAUUUGUCUUUAAAGCUUCCAAGAAGGAAAUCUUGAGAGAGAAUUCGCUAAGCCACCAUGGCUAGUUAAGCAGCGAUGGGAUGACCUGGAGUACAACCCUUUCGUGAGUACUGAUCUGCCUGACUGUGUUUUUAAUGAUAGACUGACAUUAAUGACUUAGGAAGAUAAUAUGGUCUCACAACCACGUAGCUACACUGCGUUUGCCCCAGUUGCAACGGCUGAUGGCGCCAGUUCAACAAGAAAAACGACUUCCGCCUCUGCUGCUUCUUCCGCUACAAGCUCAGAACUCAUCGACAUGCCCCCUGCUGGCGUAUGGGAUGUCACUGGUGAAUGGAUAAUCCAAGCACCACAUUUAGCAGAGUUCCUGGGAUUACCAAAAACAACAGAGAUGAAUUGGACCAUCCACAUGGACAAUAUCAAAAGCAAACACCACGAGCGGCAACUAUGGGCAAAAUUUUCGUUGGGCGACAAAUUCCAAGGGACGGCGCGUUUGUGCCCUCAAAUUCACAGACCAGCGACCCUGAAGAAGUUUGAGAAAUGCUGCGUACUGAAAAGCGGUUACUGGCCCUCAAACAUACAUAAUAAGUGGUUCAUGAGGUGGAGAGGAGCAGUUGACUCCCAGCCUAAAAGGGGAUCUGAUGAUGACCAAACCCAGGUGGAGUUUGGGACAACUGGUAAACUAACAAUAGGAAUAGUCAUGAUUUACGACUUCAUUCCGUUUGCGCUGGAGGGCUACAAGCUUCGAGAUGUCAUCAGACCGGAAGUAGAAGAUUCGGUUGACACUUGCUGGGAAAAUUAUAGAUAGGAGGGUUUUCAAUUUGUUCCUUAUACAAAAUGUAAGUAUUUCUGGAUACAUUGGAUCUUUGGGUAUGAUUUGAGACAUGGCGUUCUUACAUUUGGGGUGUAUCAUUACCAGUCUUAGGUAGAUUAUUGGGGCCAACCCUUUGCAUUACGAGUGGCAACUGCAGGUCCAGUUCGUAAUACAUUUAUGUAAACCUAGCAAAUUAUUUUAUUUUAUU